AUGAAAAAGUUUGAUUACGAUCCAGCUUCAUUUUCUAAAACCACUUACAAUAUUGGUGGUAUAUCAGUUCAUGUGUACAAUAGUGACACCUUGGCUCCAUACAUUGAAUCCUUCAAUCAAUCACUGGUUCAUGUUGACGAGAUUCCCAUCAAUGUGAUUUACUUGAUACAUGCUCGUGGCAGAAGCUACAAGGAUACUGAAGCCAUUGGCUAUAACAUUUUAAAUCAAGUUAACCAAAAGAGAAAUCAACAACACAAGGAAGCUCCUUUAAUUUGUGUUACUUUUGAUUUGAGAAAUCAUGGUGAAAGAACAAUCGAUGCUUUCAAGAAUGAGGAUUGGUUAAAGGGCAAUAAAACUCAUGGGAUUGAUAUGGUUAGCUCGAUAAUGGGCAAUGUUCAAGAUUUGAAAUUGAUUAUUGAUUACUUGCCUGAUUACUUAAACUUGGAGUCGUAUUUAACUAAUGAAUUCAAAGCCAAGCACCAACACUAUAAUAUCAAGCAUCGUAACAUCAUAUCGGGCUAUUCGCUAGGCGCACACGUUGUCUAUCGUUUCGCUAAUGAGUACCCUGACUUGGUAUAUGCUAUCAAUCCAGUUGUUGGUUGCGUUGACUUGACCAGUUUAUUAAUCAACCGACUCAAGGAAAAUGAUUUGUCAAGUGAGGAUUACGACAAGAGAUGGUUUUAUUACAACUACGAUGAGUUGAAUUUGUCACCUGAACAACAAAAAAUUGAGUACCCUGAACAUUUUCACAAGACAUUAUCUAAACAAGACGAAUCUAUUUGGGAAAACUUUGCCAUGCAUUCAAUCAAGAUGUACGCCAGUUUUGGUCAAGAGGAUAGGUUGGUUCCAUACACAUUGAGUUCGGUAUGGUGCGAUUCGUACUUGAAUACCAAUGAUGAUACACAAAUUGUCGUGUAUGAAGGAGUGGGACAUGACGUUACCGAAAAGAUGGUUGAUGAUUUUACUACGUGGUUAGUAAAGCAAAUUUAA